AUGGCUCCGCUCCUGCGGCUGCUGGCCGGCGCGGCCGCGCUGCUUGUCGCCGUGUCCCAUGCGUCCGCCUGGAGCUCCGCCGUGGACGUCGGCGUGAACUGGGGCUCGCAGCUGACGCAUCCGCUGCUGCCAUCGUCGGUCGUGAAGAUGCUCAAGGACAACGGGAUCAUGAAGGUGAAGCUGUUCGAUGCCGACCCGUGGCCCGUCGAGGCGCUCCUCGACUCCGGCAUCGAGGUCAUGCUGGGCAUCCCCAACGACAUGCUGGAGAUCAUGAGCAGCUACGGCAGCGCCCAGGAUUGGGUCAAGGAGAACGUCACCGCUUACGGCGACAAGCUCAAGCUCAAGUAUGUGGCAGUGGGGAAUGAGCCGUUUCUCAAGAGUUACAACGGGACGUUCAUGAAGACGACCGUGCCGGCGCUCAAGAACAUUCAGAAGGCGCUGGACGCGGCGGGCCUGGGAGACAAAGUGAAGGCGACGGUCCCGCUGAACGCCGACGUGUACGUCUCCCCGGACGACAAGCCGUCCUCCGGCCAGUUCCGGCCGGACAUCGACGACGUCAUGACCGACAUGGUCAAGUUCCUGCACGACCACGGCGCGCCCUUCGUCGUCAACAUCUACCCGUUCCUCAGCCUGUACCAGAGCGACGACUUCCCCUUCGAGUUCGCCUUCUUCGACGGCGGCCGCAACAUCCAGGACAAGGACGGCGUGAGCUACUCCAACGUGUUCGACGCCAACUACGACACGCUGGUGAGCGCGCUCAAGAAGGCCGGCGUGGGCGGCCUCAAGGUGGUUGUCGGCGAGGUCGGCUGGCCCACGGACGGCAACAAGAACGCCAACAUGAAGCUCGCGAGACGCUUCUACGACGGGCUCAUGAAGAAGCUGGCCAAGAACGAAGGCACGCAUCUCCGGCCGGGCAAGUUGGACGUCUACCUGUUCGGCCUCUUCGACGAGGACUUGAAGAGCAUCGCUCCCGGGAACUUCGAGCGGCACUGGGGAAUCCUCACCUACGACGGGAAGCCCAAGUUCCCCAUGGACUUGUCGGGGCAAGGGCACGACAAGCUCCUGGCCGGCGUGUCCGGCGUGCAGUACCUGCCCCAUCAGUGGUGCGUGCUCGACGACGAGGCCAAGGCCCAGGACAAGCUGCCGGGCAACAUCCAGUACGCGUGCGCCGGCGGGGAUUGCACGGCGCUCGGUUACGGCUGCUCCUGCGACGGGCUCGACGAGAAGAGCAACAUCUCCUACGCCUUCAACAUGUACUUCCAGAUGCAGGACCAGGACGUGCGCGCCUGCGACUUCGACGGGCUCGCCAAUAUCACCGACAAGAACGCCUCCACCAAGGGCUGCCUGUUUCCGGUCCAGAUCAUCAGCGCCGGCGGGAGGAUGGCCCCGGCGCUUAGGUGGACGACGUUGCUGGCCUUGGUUGCGCAUGUUCUCGUCAUGGGUUUCAUCGUGUAGAGGGGUUCAGAAUUUCAGAUACUUGAGAUAUAUAUGGAGUCAAGUGUACAAUUUAAUUGGUUUGGGGAUU